AUGACUAUUGUUCAAUUUUUUACUACACCACUUGGUCUAAUAGGUGAAAACAUAUCACAAUUGUUUGCUGGUAUAAUGCUUCAUGUACCCAGAUUGUCAUGGCCAUUCGUUAUUGGUUCGAUUUUAUUUAUAUUAAUUAUUGUUCUAGUACUACAUUCGGAGUCUCAAAUACUAAAGACACUUUUCGCAGCAGUUUCUUUGGGAGUAUCUUCUACUGGUGCUAUUGAAACAUCUACAAAUAUCACACAAUUACAACAAGCAUUAACUGAUUCGCAAAAUAGUAUACAAAGUUUACAGAAUAGAGUAAACGAAUUGGAACAAAAAAGUCUUGCGCUUCAAUAUAGACAACAUAAAAGCCGAUCAUUAAGUGGUGAAAGAAUAAUGCUUCAUGGUGAAGCUUCAUCAUCAAAUCAACAAGAAAAAAUUGAAACUAACGAGAAAAAUGAAUUAAGACAACGAAAGCAAUCAUUAACAAGUGAAAGUCAAUCUUCAAACAUUAAUGCAACGGAUAAAAAUCAAUUAGAACAAGAGAUGUCAUCAACAAAUAAUAACUUACCGGGUGAGUCAUAA